UUUAACGGUUUACUGCAGCCUUCAAAGGACGCGUCCUACCUAGCAUGCAGCCUUUGAAACGAGAUACAGCCAAAGUCCCCAUCAUAUCUCUUGAAGCAAAGUGAAGUUUAUGUAUCUGCACACAGCUGAUGUUCUUUACGUUGUCGUCAUCUGACUGUGGUGGGCGGCAUCAGGAAGACCCAACUGAAAUGACUGUACGUGAACGGAAUAAACUCAAAUGAACACAAAACAUCAAUGAACAGCUAAUAACAACUCGUAACGCAUAAAAUAAACACCGCGGCCUGUACCUUUAACCCUGGCAUUUGGGGUCGGUUACUAUGGAGGAUACUAACAGAGAGGCCGUCGCCACAGCAGUGCAGAGGGUUGCUGGGAUGCUGCAGCGCUCUGACCAGCUAGACAAAGUGGAGCAGUACAGACGGAGACAGGCACGCAAGAAAGCAUCCGUGGAGGCCAGGUUAAAGGCUGAUAUUCAGUCCCAGUCGGAUGGGGUACGAACAGGCCAUGAUGUUAAAGACAUCCAGAAUCUGGCAGACGUGAGUAAAGAUUGGAGGCAGAGCAUUAACACUAUAGAGAAUCUGAAGGAUGUGAAAGAUGCUGUGGUGCAGCACAGUCAGCUGGCAUCAGCCGUGGAGAACCUUAAAAACAUUUUCUCAGUACCCGAGAUUGUGCGAGAGUCCCAAGAUCUGAUCGAACAGGGCGAGCUGCUUCAAGCUCACCGCAAGCUAAUGGACCUGGAGUGCUCCCGCGACGACCUCAUGUACGAGCAGUACCGCAUGGACAGCAAGAAUGUCCACGACAUGAACCUCAUUCGCAACUACUUCGGCCAGGUGCAGGGCCAAUCUGAUGAGCUCUCCAAACAGCUCUGGAUGGUCCUUCAGAGCGCCAUGGUCACCGUCCGCCACGACCCCACCAUGCUAGUGUUCGUGGUUCGAAUCAUUGAGCGAGAGGAGAAGAUCGACCGUAAGAUGCUGGACCGCAAGAAGCAGACCGGAUUCAUCCCGCCUGGAAGACCCAAAUGCUGGAAGAACCGGAUGAAUGAAGUCCUGGAAGGAACGGUGAGCGGCCGCAUCGAGAGCACGCAGUCAGAGACACGGGAAUCCGAUAAAAUGUGGCUGGUGAGGUUGCUGGAGAUCACCAGAAAGUAUGUGCUGGAUGAUCUAGUUGUGGUGAACCUAAUGGUCCAGUGCUUUCCUCCACAUUACAACACCUUUAAGGUGUUCUUUGACCUCUAUCGUAAAUCAGUGUCAGCACGAGUGCAAGAGCUGGCAGAAGAAGAUCUAGAAGCCAAUGAGAUUGUAUCUCUUCUAACCUGGGUCCUCAAUACAUAUAAAAGUGUUGAUAUGAUGGGUCAUCCUGAUCUUCAGCCUGAGUGUGAUGUGAAGCAGCUGGAGCCGCUGUUACCUGAACACGUUGUGGAUGAUUUGCUGGGAAAAUACCUUAAAACAUUUACUUCAAACAUCACAGGCUGGCUCCGCAAAGCUCUGGAAACGGACAAGAAAGACUGGCAGAAGGAGACAGAGCCUGAAGCCGACCAGGAUGGCUACUACCAGACCACCUUACCUGCCAUUGUCUUCCAGAUGUUUGAGCAAAACCUUCAGGUGGCGGCUCAGAUCAACGAGACCUUUAAAGAGCAGGUGUUGAAGGUCUGUCUAAAGCAGAUGAACUCAUUCUUAGUAAGGUACUGUACCGAGGAGGCGAUCACUUAUAAGGAGGAACAUCUGAAAGACCGUCAGCUCCCACAGUGCUAUGUUCAGUACAUGAUCGCCAUCAUCAACAACUGUCAAACGUUUAAGGAAUCUAUAAACAGUCUGAAAAGGAAGUACUCACAGUCAACUGAACCCACCCAAAACGAUGCUGCCAUAGACAAGCUUCUGAAUGAUGUGGCCAAAGAGGACUGUCAGUUCCUGCUGGAUGAAGUCUUCCUGGAUUUAGAGCUGCUGACCCGGAAGUGGUUCACAGGCUCUCAUGCUGUGGACACAAUCUGUGUCACUGUGGAGGACUACUUUAAUGACUUUGCCAAAAUUAAGAAGCCUUAUAAUCAGGAAAUGACGAGCGAGGCUCAUCGGCGGGUGGUGGUGGAGUAUCUGAAGGCCAUCGUGCAGAAACGCAUCUCGUUUAAGAACGCCGACGAGAGGAAAGAGGGAGCGGACAGAAUGAUGAAAGAGGCCAAGCAGUUCAAAUUCCUCUUCAGGAAACUCUCUGCUAGAGAGGAAACAGACCGGUUGUGUGAUUCUAUCAGUGCUAUUGCCGAAGUCUUCAAACUGACCGACCCUGCACUGCUCUACCUAGAGGUGCCCACACUGGUGUCCAAGUAUCCUGACAUCAGAGAGGAGCACAUUGUGGCCUUGCUCGCUGUCCGUGGUGAUUCCAGUCGAGAAAUGAGACAGACGAUCAUAGAGACACUAAACCAGAACAAGCCGUCCGCCUCCGCUGUUUUUCAGCCUGUCUUCAGAGACAUCACCGUGCCAACCAUCACCAUGACAGGCAUGACCUCCAUGGCUGUACCGAAACUGCUGAAAUAAUCUGACCUUUGACCAAUUACUCAAGCUGCUAACAGGCCACAGAGGGGAUAAGAUAAUGCACUUUGAAAGUUUGUUUCCAUUUCAAUGGAAAUAUUUCAAUGAUGGUGAUUUUGUACACUUGAAGAGCAGCAGCUCCUGUUGAGAAGUGCAGUUACUGCAGACAACUUCACUGAUUUAUGACUUGACUGAUGUAAAUAAAUGUUUUGUUCUAACAGACAAUUCUGGCUGUUUUAAAAAUGGCAACAUAGCAAAAACGAAAGGGAGAUUUCACUUACAAAAGAAAAUUAUGUCAUCAUUUAUUCACCUUCUUGUCAUUCCAAAUGCAUACGACUUACUGUUUUUGGUGAAAAAAACAAAGAUGUUUUGAAGAACGUCCAAGCUCAGAUUCAGUGACCAGGGACUGUGGAGCACCAAAAUGGACAUUGAAGUUGUCCAUAUGAUUUGUGCGCAAUAUUCCAAGUCUCCUUAAGACAUUUGAUAGUUUUGUGCAAGGAACACACUGAAAAUCUUUCCAUCAGCUGAAUUUCUCAAUUAAAAUAUGGUGGCACGAUGCGUUGCGCCAUCAAACGUCAUUGGUUCUCAUGUCUCUCGUCAUUGACGUUAAACCUACAGUAGAUGGGAAGACUUUCAGUGAAUAAUGGCUCAAAUUUCCCACAGAAGAAAGUCAUAUGGGGUUUACAGGGCAGGAAUUUUUUUCUGAAAUAGUUUUGCGUGCCCUCGCAAUAACAUUUAUUAUGUUUUUGCUUCAGUAACUAUAUUUUAACCAUGAUAUUCAUAGUGAAACCAUAGUGAUCAUACAGGAAAAUGAAAACUAUGGUAAUAUAAAUCAUAAUGUUGUGGGUAUUAUGGUUUAACUAUACAAAAAUCAUAGUUUAACUAGGGUUUAACUAUAAUAAUAUUUUAUUCUGUAGUAACCACUGUUUUGGCUGAAAUCAAAUGGUGUUUGUAGUAAAACCAGAAUAACAAAAAAUGAUUUGUUUACAUUUUUUACUAAGUUUUUACUACAAAUAGCAUAGUCCGGCUGUGGUUACUGUAGUAAAAGCAUGGUAAAUUUAUUGUGAGGGAACGUAAAACAAUUAAAAAAUAAUAAUAAUACCCUCCCUGUCCUGUAAGGCAGGGGUAUUCAAUGUUUGAUGACAAGGACCCCCAAAUAUGAUGAUCCCAUUGCAAGGGACUCCCAGUUUAAGAAAAUAGUAAACAUGAUAUUAUAAAGACAUGUUUACAAAAUUGAAUAAUUGGCAUCUAUUUAUUUUAUUUUCUAUCCAUUGUACUAAUGUCAAAUUAAUUAUGAAAAUGGUUUACAUUUUGAGUUGACGGUGUGUUUUUUUCUAUUAAAGUAAUUUUAAGAUGUUCAAACCUGAAGAGAAACAUUUUCAAUUCAAAUGUAUAUAGCACUUUUAACAGUAAAUAUAGUUUUAAAGCAGCUUUAAAGAGAAUAGUACAGUUAAUUUACAUUAAUAAUGCACAGACACCAGCAGAUUUCUCCUGUGCUAGAGUCUUCCCUAGAGGCUGCUCUAAUUAAUUCGCACAAACUACUGAAUUAAUGAAUUCCAGCACGUGGGUUUUUAUUUCAAUAAAAUGACGUGUCUUUACGAACACUAACUGAUGCACGCAAAAUAAUUUGUGAUAUUGUAUAAGCCCAAGGUAAUCUUUGUUUACAUUCACGUGCCCCUAAACCUGCAGUGUCUGCCAGUUUGCCGUUACCAGACACAGUCAGGCAGCUUGCGUGACCAUUCAUAAUUUUAAUCACUUAUCUCUCCUCAUUGGCUGGGAUCUGUGUGCGUGCCAGUGGAGCGUGAAUUCGAGCGUCAGGCUGCUGUAUGGACAGGAGGAGAGAGGGGGCGGAGCUCCAGCAGAACUGCAGCUGACUCCUGCACGCGAGAUCACGACAUCGGCACUGGUCACAGGAUUACAUGCACGCCAGGGGCGGAACGCUGCUGAGAAACCUUUUUGUAACCUUCACACAAUUGAUGCAAUUUUGUUAAGUACACUGUAGCUGUAUUUGUAAUGGGAAAAACGUAAGGUUUAUUGACUGUUUACUCCGUGUUUGAUAUGGAAGUUGCCGCAUAUGUAAUUAAAUGAAACAAUAACAUCAA